AUGGUCACCUGUGAUGGAAUUGAAUUACCAGAUGGAGAGAAGAUGAAAGGCGUCAACGAAGAAGGUUACAAGUACUUGGGUAUACAGGAAUGCCAUUUCAGCUAUGAAUAUUUGGGUAGUAGCUGUGAUGAGAUAUGGGGCUGGGAUAGUGAAGUGGACGAAAGAGGAACUGGAGAAACUAGACAGACACGGAAAAUCAUGGCAAUGAAUGGAGCAUUGCCUCCAAAAAGUGACAUCGAUCGAUUGGCGACAAUGAGUUUCCUGGCAAACCGGAUGCUUUUGGCCCCACUCACGGGUGAGGAAACAUUCGGCAAAGGAGUCAUCAUUAAGGGAGAGUUCAACGACGACGUCACCGAAGAGACAUGUCUGGGUAUUAAGGAGGAACCAUUUUAUCAUGGGGAUGAAGCGAGGGAUGGAGUGAGCAACGUGGAAAGGAAGCAUGGAUGCUUUAACCUUCAUAAUCUUCAUGGCAACAGACACCAAACAUAUGCAAAGGAUUCGUGUGGCUUAGUUCAGAAUAGUAAUGACUUGAUGUUAAGAGAUGCAUUUGUCGCUGAGGAUUGUGGGAACAAGUUUUCACCAGAUGGGGAUCAGGCGAUGCGCAAAGAAAGUCUUGAGGAGGAGUUAAGUUAUGCCUUCUCACAGAAAGGUAACCUAGUGAGACAUAUGAAAGUUCACAAAAAGGAGAAUCCAUAUAACUGUGAGAAUUUCAACAAGGUGAUCUCUGAAAAAAGUCAUAUAUUACAAAAGGAGAAGGUAAAGUCUUUCAGCUGUGAUAUUUGCAACAAGACCUUCUCACGGAAAGCUCAUCUCGUGAGCCAUAUGAGAGUACAUACAAAGGAGAAGCCAUAUAACUGUGAUAUCUGCAAUAAGGCCUUCGCAUCCAAAAGCGAUAUAAUAAGGCAUAUCAGAAUACAUACAAAGGAGAAGCCAUACAGAUGUGAUAUUUGCAACAAGGCCUUCUCACAGAAAACUAGUCUUGUGAACCAUAUAAGGUUACAUACAAAGGAGAAGCCAUACAGCUGCGAUAUUUGCAAUGAGGCUUUCUCACAGAAAAAUAGACUAGUCAGUCAUAUGAGGGAACAUACAAAGCACAUGCUAUAA